AUGCUUGAGAUGCAAUCCCUGGCCGACGAAAUCCUCAGGCAGCUCCCUCUGGCAGACAAGACUUCGGUGUGGGGCACGCUGGGGACCAUCAGGCCCCACCUGAAUUUUGACGUGGAGAGAGAUGUCCAAUCACUCCUUCAAGCUGUCUGCGGCAAAGGGGUCGAGUACAGAACUAUCGUUGACCUGCUGACAAACCGAAGUGAUGACCAGCGCCAACAAAUCUCCAAGGAGUUCCUAGACUUAACCAAACAGGAUUUGUUGAAGACUCUAGAAGCAGCCGUACCAGCGGACCUGGAAAACAUUGUCGUGGGCUUGCUGAGGCCGGCCGCACAGUAUGACGCCCAUGAGAUCCACAUGGCCCUGAAGGGCCCAGAGGUUGACAUCCUUACUGAAAUCCUUUGUACUCGAACAAACCAGCAACUCCAAGAAAUCUUGGACUUUUAUAAGCACGAUUUUAAAUCAGACCUUGAGAAGGACGUUACUUCUGGGACCAGCGGCUAUUUUAAAGAGCUCCUGAUCUCCUUGAUCAAGGGUCAACGGGAAAAGUACUCCGGGGUCAUUGACUACGUCUUGAUAAAGCAGGAUACAAAGGCUCUCGCGGAUGCAGGUAGCGGCAGCAACGCAGGCCAGCCGGAUGAGAAGGAAUGGAUCAGAAUUCUAACCCAGCGCAGCCCUGAACAUCUAAACCGAGUGUUCAGCUGGUACGAAAAGACGACUGGGGUCCAGAUAGAAGAAGCCACGGAGAAAUACUUCCAGGGCAACGGCCAAGAAGCUGGAAUGAUGAUAGUUGCUCUAGUCCGAAACGCACCGCUAUAUUUUGCUAGGAAGCUAUACCAAGCCGUGAAGGGUCCCGGAAGCAGUCCGAGGACUCUGGCUCGGAUCAUGAUUUCCCGUCGCGAAACUGACCUGCUGAGCAUCCGGGCGGAGUUCAGAAAGCAUUAUGGGAUCUCUCUCUACUCCUUCAUCUGGGCAGAAACGAACGGCGACUACCGCGAAGCCUUACUUGGCCUGUGCAGGUCAGAAGACCUGUAAGACGUUCUCCGUUCGGGAUCCCUCCGUGUAAAAACCCGCCUCUGGAUUCCAGCCCACGGUUCCUCCUCUCCGCAACACCCUACAGCAGAAGGUCCAUAAAUCGGGACAAGGAAGUGGCCUGCAUCAGUUCAGGAAUUUUCAAAGGUGGUGAUGGUGGAGGAAUUUAAUUAAGAAGAGCAGGCACCUUGGGCCAACGCAAACCAGCGUGUUUAAAGGGGACGGCGGUCAGCAUCUCCUUGUUUCGGGGGAUAAAAAUAAAUCGGCGGCCGCUAAUCGUGAUAGCUAUAUGGGACGUCCACCUUUGGAGGCAGGUGGUCUC